AUGUCUGUCGUGGGAACCCUUAGUGCGGACACGAGUCGUUUUGUCGAUCGUGUUCUAGUUUCGCGCAAAUCAAACAGCGGCAAAUCUUCAAUGACCAACAAUCACAACAAUGGCUCUGUUGGUGUUGCUACCUCUUCCACUGCAUCGUCCUACACGACAACCAGUUCGUCCCCACCGCAAACUGGUAACAGUGCCACAUCGUUACACGUGAGCAGUCAUACGUUGGACAAGGUGAAAGUGGCCAAAAUCACUUUGGAACAUUAUUAUCAUAACUUGGUACAACAAUAUAGAGAGCGACAGAAUAGGUAUAAGAUCCUGGAGUCGAUGAUGGAAAGUGAAGGCCUCACGGAAGAACAGAUAACUAUUGAGCAAAUUGUCACGUAUCAUUAA